UUGACAAACAUCAUGGAGGAGAGAGAGGGUCUUUCUUGUUUAAUCAUGGGAUAUGGGCCCUGAAACCUUAGCCAGAUCGUUUGUUUAUGUACUCCACCUUCACUUCUCUCCCUACUUUGAUUUAGGAUUUGCAGCAGCUUCUUCAUGUACAUAUAAGUAACUUCUUGAGCAUUUUGAUAUCUUCAAGUCCUGUUCUUGGAAUUACGAUACAUCUGAGGAAAAUGGAGGAAGACUGCUCUGACCCAUCUGACAUUAAAAGUGUUGAUGGCGACAAUGUUCUGCAUGCGAGCAUUAUUAUCAUGAACAAGAAAAGAAAACUACAAGUUGAGCAAUUGGACUUGCCUCUGCCAAAGCACAACUGUUGCAAAAAAGGCAUUACUUCUGAACUUCGUGUAUCGUCUACUGAAACUCCAAAACAGAGUGUCUGUGCAGUCCUAAUCGCAGGGAUAAUACACCAAGAGGAAAAAGAGAGUGAAUCAGAGGUGGACUCUGGAAAUGGUAGCAACAGCUUAGUUGAAGAUUAUGAUUCCGUCAUGUCUGAAUCUUAUGGAACAAAAAACAACACAGUGUAUUUAAACACGCUAUCAGUUGAUUGCACGUCCACUCCUGUCAAUCAAACCAGCGAGUUUGAUAAAGGUGCUAUGUUCUCUCUGGAUAGCAGAGUGACUAAAUCAAGUACUGAUAAAGGAAAAUCACAAUGCACAGAAUAUGAUCAUCCCCUUGAUGAUAUGGGAUUGUUUGCUUCAUUGAAUGACUUUUCUGAUUAUGCGGACUAUGAAGAAUAUGUUUGCUUAAACUACGGAGAUGAUAGCAUUCAGCAAUACAAGCAACUUAAAUUGCUUUACGCUAGUAGCCUUAAUCCAGAAAAUCUUAUGCUUUCGUCGGAUGGAUGGGAUGUCAAGAACCAAGAGUACCAACCAGCUGGAGAAAAGCCGACUAUUGAUAAAGAUUUCGAGGACUACUUUUCUGAUCUUAUGAUAUAGCAAAGCAAUGGAGCUCCGUGGCUACAAUAUUUGUAAAACUAAUAUUUGCCAAUGCAAGUGAACAUGGUAAUGACCAACCUAAGGAUGUUUGUACAGUUAUUCUACAAACUUGGAAAACCAUUCAGUUUUCUCUCUAGAAUUGUUGUUAUUUUAUUCGAAUUUGCAAUGUAGCUUAUUAACUAAUUUGCAUACAGAUACGGUUAUAUUUAUAUACUAUACAUGGUAUCGGUCCAGAUA